CCGGGGCCGGUCCGGAAACAGCCGAGCGGAUCCGGAAACAGCCGAGCGGACCCGGAAGCGGGGAGUCGAUCACUAAGGAGUGCGGGAAUCCGCCGUUUGCGCCGAGGCGAUGGCAGCGGCUGCGCCGGCGGCCGCGGGAGAGGACGGGCGGCAGCGGCGGCGGCCGGGGGCCGCGCUGGACCCCCAGUCCCUGGACGGGCCGGAGGUGGAGACCGACUCAGGUGAGCUGGGCCGGCUUCGGGCUGAGCUGGCCGGCGCCCUGGCUGAAAUGGAGACCAUGAAGGCCGUGGCAGAGGUGAGCGAGAGCACGAAGGCUGAAGCCGUGGCUGCGGUGCAGCGGCAGUGCCAAGAGGAGGUGGCGUCGCUGCAGGCCAUUCUGAAAGACUCCAUCAGCAGCUACGAGGCGCAGAUUGCGGUGCUAAAGCAGGAGAGGCAGCAGCAGCAGCAGGACUGCGAGGAGAAGGAGCGGGAGGUGAGCCGCCUGAAGCACCUGCUGUCCCGGACGCACCCACUGGAUUCGCUGGAGAAGCAGAUGGAGAAGGCGCACGAGGACUCGGAGAAGCUGCGGGAGAUCGUGCUGCCCAUGGAGCAGGAGAUCGCAGAGCUCAAAGCCAAGCUGCUGAGGGCUGAGGAGCUGAUUCAGGAAAUCCAGAGACGGCCUCAGCCACCGCCUCCCCUGCCUGGCUCCGCAGACCUGCUGCUGCGGUCAUGCCUGUCCCGAGACCCGUCCCCGCCCCUGGAGGCCCCAGAGGAACUGAGCGGGGACGCAGGCCCAGCGGCCGAGGCCUUUGCCCACAAUUGUGAUGACAGCGCUUCCAUCUCCUCAUUUGCCCUGGGCAGUGGCGCCAGCACUAGCUGCUCGCCACCGCGCAGCCAUCAGGGCCUGAGCCCAGAGCAGGAGGAAACGGCGUCACUGGUGUCCACGGGCACCCUGGUGCCCGAGGGAAUCUACCUGCCCCCUCCUGGUUACCAGCUCGUCCCAGACAGCCAGUGGGAGCAGCUGCAGGCGGAGGGGCGGCAGCUGCACAAGGACCUGGAGUCCGUCCGCCGAGAACGGGAUGAGCUGCAGGAGGGCCUACGGCGGAGCAACGAAGACUGCGCCCAACAGAUGCAGGUGCUCUUGGCCCAGGUCCAGAACUCGGAGCAACUGCUGCGCACCCUGCAGGAGACUGUGAGCCAGGCCCAGGAGCGGGUGCAGAUGCAGAUGGCAGAGCUGGCCUCCUCCCACAAGUGCCUAAGCCACGAGGUCAAGCGGCUGAAUGAGGAGAACCGGGGACUUCGGGCUGAGCAGCCCCUGCCUGCGGCACCCCAGGGCCUCCUGGGGCAGGACGAGGGUGGUGAGGAGGAGGCGCUGCCCAGCUCGGUGCAGGAGCUGCAGCAGUUGGUGCAACACACACGUCAGGAGGCGCGGGCCCGGCAGCGGGCCCGGGAGCACGAGGCUGAGCGCCUGCGCAUUGAGAUCGUGACACUGCGGGAGGCGCUGGAGGAGCAGACGGCGGCCAGGGCCAGCCUCGAGGGGCAGCUGAGGGUGCAGCGGGAGGAGACAGAGGUAUUAGAGGCCUCCCUCUGCAGCCUGAGGACGGAGAUGGAGCGGGUCCAGCAGGAGCAGGGCAAGGCACAGCUCACAGACCUGUCAGAACAGAGGGCCAAGGUGCUGCGGCUGCAGGCCGAGCUGGAGACCAGCGAGCAGGUGCAGAGGGAUUUCGUGCGACUGUCCCAGGCUCUGCAGGUGCGCCUGGAACAGAUCCGCCAGGCGGAGAGCCUGCAGCAGGUGCGCAGCAUCCUGGAUGAGGCCCCCCUGCGGGAUGUCAGGGACAUCAAGGACACUUGAGGGACCAGGCGAGAACCCCUCUGCAGAGGAUGGCCCUUGUUCAGCGCAGAACUGGCUGCUGCUGGGGCCCUGGGCUCUCAGGAUGGGGGCCUUGUCCUCUCUGAGCCUGGGGUUGAGGUGCCAGGGCUGUGGGUAGUCCGGACCUCCUCCACUAAGGGACUUCAUGGGUUGGUGUAGGGAAGGGUAGACCCUAAGCCCCUCCCAGAAGCCAAGUACAGGUCCUGCCUGCCAU